AUGAUGGGCUAUGCCUCGCUCGCGCAGACGGAUACCGGAUUGCACAUGCGCCAGCGCUCGCGCGCGUUCGUCAUCGCCGACCAAAGCGACUCGAACAACCGCAUCGUCUUCAUCAAUGCUGAUAUUGCGAUGGGCGAUACCGGUGUACGCCGAUCCAUCGUUGGCAACCUCUCCGCGUUGUACCCCGGCGUAUACGACAACACCAACAUUGCCUUUGUCGGCACGCAUCAGCACUCUGGAGUCGGCGGGUACCUGGAGGAUUUACUGCCUCAAAUUACCGCACUCGGCUAUGUGCCCGAAGCAGCCGACGCGAUAGUCAAGGGUACCGUCCUCGCCGUCCAGCGCGCAACCGACAGCCUCGCGCCAGGUAGCCUGACGCUGGGCAACACCACGAUUCUCAAUGCGAAUGCCAACCGAUCGCCUUCUGCGUACUUGGCCAACCCCGCCGAGGAACGUGCGCGGUAUCAGUACGAUCAGGAUAAGGAUAUGACCCUUCUGAGGUUCAACGAUGCGAGCGGCAAUGCCCGAGGCUUCCUUUCAUUCUUUGCUGUUCACGGAACGUCCAUCUACGAGAACAACACUCUCGUCAGCUCUGACAACAAGGGCAUGGCGGCAUUCCUAUACGAAUCCGACGUGGAACCCGACUCGAUGCCCGGGAACAACACCUUCGUCGCUGGGUUCACGCAGUCCAAUGUGGGCGACACGUCUCCGAACACCCUCGGGGCGUUCUGCGAGAGUCCCGGACAGCCGUGGGAUGGCCAGUCGUGCUCCUUUAACCAGAGCACCUGCGGUGGAACGACGGAAGAUUGUCAUGGGCGUGGACCUGGUUUCACGGCCGAUAGCUACGGUUUCGAGUCAAAUCGCAUUAUUGGAACCUACCAGUACCAGGGCGCAAAGACGUUGAUGGGUCAGAGCCUCGCUGCCGUCACCGGCCCUGUCAAGGCUGUACACACCUACAUGAAUAUGUCCUUCCGCGAGUUCACCCUUGCCAAUGGAACGAAUGUUACGACAUGCCCUCCUGGAAUGGGUUAUUCAUUCGCCGCUGGCACCACUGACGGUCCGGGAGCAUUCGAUUUCAUCCAGGGGGAGAACUCGACUAACGUUAAUAAUCCGCUUUGGGAACUUGUCAAGGGCUUCGUCACACCCCUACCGCCACCGGAGCAAGUCGCGUGCCAGUACCCGAAGCCCGUUCUCCUUGACACCGGCUACGCGCAUCUUCCUUACGAAUGGUCGCCCAACACCGUCGACAUCCAGAUGCUCCGCGUCGGGCAGUUCGUGAUGCUCAUCAUGCCGGGCGAGCUGACGACCAUGGCCGGACGUCGCCUCCGUGAAGCUGUCCGCGCUGCCCUCAUCUCGAAGGGAAUCGUCGGCGACGACGCAUAUGUCGUGAUCGCUGGCCCCGCCAAUACAUAUGCGCACUACGUCACUACCAGGGAGGAGUACGGUGUUCAACGGUAUGAAGGCGCAUCGACUAUCUUCGGACAGUUCACGCUGGAGUCGUACAUCGACAAGUACAGCGAGCUCGUCACGUAUCUCUCUCCCACCGUCACCUCCAGCCCUCCUUCGGAUCCCGCGCCUCCCGAGCAGACCUCCAAAGCUAUCUCACUCAGGACCGGCGUCGUCUUCGAUGCUCCGACGAUCUUCAAGAGUUUCGGCGACGUGUUGGGUGAUGUGAAGACCGACUCUGCGUACCACGCUGGCGACAGCGUCAGCGCGCAGUUCGUCGGUGCCAACCCCAGGAACAACCUUCGCUUGGAGCAGACAUUCCUCACUGUAGACAAGCAGUCGGGCAGCACGUGGACUCCGGUCAAAUCCGACUCCCACCCGUCGACGCUCUACCAGUGGGUGCGCACGGAUACCAUCCUGGGCACGAGUACCGUCAACAUUACCUGGACGAUUGAAGAGGGCACACCCGCCGGAUCCUAUCGCUUGACAUACUACGGCGACGCGAAGUCGAUAGGGGGCAAGAUCACUCCAUUCGUCGGGCAUUCGUCUACUUUCACCGUAUCCUGA